AUGCGGCUGCACCUGCUAGGCAACAGGGACCAAACGUGCCAGACAAUAGGCGAAGAGCGAAUCGUGAGCGCAUUGGGACUCGUUACAUCCAGCCUAUGGGAAGAGGAUUCGAGGAUGCUUUGGGGUUGGAUGAGGAUCCAGAGCAUGACGAUGGUGACGGUGGUGGCGAGGGUGAGGGUGGUGGUGCAGGCAGUCAAGGUCAUCGAGGAGGUUGGGGUCAUGGUGGCAGUGGGUUCGGUUGGGGUUGGGGUGGUAGCGGGGGGUGCGAGUGGGUCUGGGUGGGGAGGAGGAGGUGGUGGUGCUGUUUGGGGAGGAUGUGGUGGUGGUGGUGGGUCUAGUGCGGGAGGGGGUGAUGGUGGUGGUGGGUCUAGUGCGGGAGGGGGUGAUGGUGGAGGUGGAUCGGGAUGGGAAGGUGGUAGUAGUUAUAGAGGACAUGUUACUGGGGUUCAUGGUGGUACCGAUAGCGGAGGGGUUGACGACACUUUAUUAUGUUGUUGUGCUGAGGGUGGGAGUGGAGGCGUCUAG